CGCCACCAGUUCAGUCCACCACACCACCCAGCGUCAUCCCAUCCCCGUUUGCCCGUUGCUGAGAGAAUUGCUUUCACCUCACUCUGAGCCUGAACACGCGCGGCGGCAACUCUCGCGAGCGAGCACGGGCGAAAUGGCGCGCCGCGCCGGGAAGCCCCUCCUCGCGCUCCUCGUGCUGUCCGGCCUCCUUCUCCUCCCGCUCGUCGCCUCCGUCCCCCUGCCAAGAUGCCUGCGCCUGGGGAGCCCGCAGCAGCACCCGCCGGCUCUGAAGCUUACUUCUUCCCAGGAGGCGUCGAUGGCGGCGUGGAACCUCGGCAGCAGGCCGGCGGCGAGGAUGACCGUGGAGGUGAACGACUACCAACCGUCCGGCCCCAACAACCGCCAUGACCCGCCCAAGGGUCCCGGCAGAGCAUGAACAACAGUGGGGAGCUGGACCCAAUAAUCCUCCAUCUUCUUCGCCAGUAGUACAAAGUGCUUGCUUGCUUGCUAGUAGUUUGCUCCUGUAUUCUAAAAUGGUAGCAGAAACAAAAUCACCUAGUAGUUGCAGAAGGGGUCGGAGGGUCGAUCGGUGUCUGUCUAUAUCCCGCCCGUGUGUGUCAGGCUCAGGCGCCGCACCGAUCGGCUGGCUGUUCGUCAGAACUGCUGCACAUCAGUUUCUCGGCCUGUGCAGGUGUCGAAUACACUGCCCCGGAUUGUUCAGCCUCUCCGUUGCUUUCCUC